GUCAUAAAAUCGCGACUGGUGUGUGUAGUCAGGAAGUGCCUUUAAACCACUAGUUAGCCUUUGGUAGCUUGAACAAGUCAAAGUCAGGUGGCAUCAACAUAAUGCUUAACGACAAUGAGCUCGCAACGCUGCGAAAUAGAUUCAAAAGAGAUGCGGAGUUUCUGAUGCAAACGACGACAGCGGGUGACGAGGAUGAAAAGAGUAAGCUCAUGGUUAGCGUGUGUAAAGUUAAACUGCUUUCAUACAGGGCUCUCAAAAUGGAAACAAACCAUUUAACAUAAAUUAAAACAGGCUGACAAAACGUCCGGUUUUCCCAAGACAUGUCCUGUUUUUACGUCCUGGUCACCCUAAUUCAAAUGUGUUCUGUAACUUGACCACGUCAUCGUAUAUUUUUGCUGGUUUAAGCAAAUAAUUAUGCCAAUGAAGUGUUUUAAUUUCAGGAUUGUUUUAUAUUUGUCAAAUUUUCAGAUUUUGUUGUGCUGUCUUGUGUAGAUAAACGCUUGGUCUUAUCGUUCAAAUACAGAUAAACCGGUCAUGAAGUGAUGUGCACUGUCUAAGAGAUGUUAGCAGCUUGCACAGUGGACAAUUGUACAACUUGGAGGCCUACACUGGCAGAAAACCAGCAAUUCUUGAUUGUUUUGACUGUGAGCAAAUGCUGUGUCAGCUCAGCAACACAAUACAGGGAAACUUUACUCCUCCAAUGUCCCCAAACCAAGGGUCAUCUCUCUGCUGGAGUAAGCUGAGAAGUGCUGAAGAAAAACAGCAUUUAUCAAGGAGUCACCCCUUUUUUCAUUAAACUGCAUUUAGUCCAGUUUACCUGGUGUGUUAUAUCUUGUAUCCAAAUUAGACUGCUUGGCAUUACUUUGACUGUAGAUGUAGGUCAAAUACUUGUAUGGGGCAUAAAGUUCAAUGUGAACUCUUCACUGAGUUCAAUGGCCUGGACCAGCGUACUUCAGCAGCCAACAACAGACUUUAAUACAUUUAAUCAACCAUUAAAUUAUACAGAUUAAUUGCUCUCUAAGAAGAAAGAUUAUCUAGAGAAAGCUAUCAGUUUCUUCUCAAAAGCUCCUUGAACUUGGAAGGUGGGAUUUAGCACAUUCUGUCAAGGCGAGAUCAAAUCUCAUAUCUGGCAAUACUUUUUUUUUUUUUUUAAAGAAAUAUGACCCUCAAAGUUCCCCUCAUGCCCCCCCCAAUCUACAUGCAAUGUGUUUGCUGCUUUGAGGUCUUAUCUUCUUUAUGAAAAAGAAAUAAAGUUGAACUUUAUAAGAAUUUAAAUAAAGAGUUAAUGUAUCUUGCUAUGCAUCAAUGAGUUAAAACCUCUCCCUAAAUAUCUUAUGUUCUCUCUGAAUUCAGUCUGUUCUUUACAUACACACUCACACUAUUUUCUUUUUCUUUUUCCCAUUCCCUUACAGGUCAGGAGGAAAAAGAUGCCAAACCUCUCCCCCGCAUUAACAGACACUCUAUUUUCUGGAUUUUGGCAUCCAUAGGUGUGACCUACUAUGUGGAUUUUUUCCACAACAUCAUGGAGAACGAUGAUAUUAAAAGGUGAUUAAGACAUUGGGAACACUUUAAACUUUCUUUGAUGGCCUUCGUCAUUCAGUCAGUUUUCUGUACAUCAGAACCAGUGAAAAUUUCAUUGAGGUACGCUUUGUACAUCGCCAAUUACAAAUAUGGGAAAUAGAGCUGAGAUAAAACAUCUUAUGUUGAAAAAGGUUAUUUCUUUAGAUGAAAAACUAUCAUCAUUUUAAAUUUGAUACCAGUUUCACAUCUUAGACAAGUAUAGAAGGGAUACCUACCACUGUGUAGUAUCACCUUAUCUCUUAAAAACGGUAUGUAAAUAUUUUGGGGUGGUUAGACUAGUUUCUGGAGUUUUGUAAGUGAAAUGUUCUCUCAUCUCAGCUGUUCAACAGUUUGGGGUCUCAGACAGACAGGCCAGUUUGGUUACCUUACUCCUCUACUUGAAGUCAUGUUGUUGAAAUACGUGUAGAAUGUAGUUUGGAGAGUUUUUCACCCUGCCUGAGUCCAUCUCAACUGAGCUGGGUCAAUGAUAGUAACUUGCAACUUACUUUCUGGGUCAUGUUUAUACAUCUCUGCAUUGUACAGUCUCAACCAGGCAAAAAAAACCCUCUUUUGAAUAUAUAUAACUAAUUUAUGACGCCCCUCACCCCACCCAGCUGGAUGCCUUGCUUUCUGGGCAUAAUUGCUGUGGAGUUCUAUCAUACUUGUUUUACCCCCAAAAGUUUAUACUUGACCUCAGUUUUGUUUACCUUUUGAAGAGGUUCCUCACAGAACUCUUCACCUCUGAAGAGGUCUCUGAGGUCUAAUCUUACACGAUCACAUGUUUUACAAGCUCCUGGCAUUAGUGCGCUCUUUUUCUUGUGCUAUUAACUGGCGCUUUGAAAACAACUUUCAGGUGGGCUACAGUCACCAUGUGGUGGUUUUACUGAUAAAACAGUUAUUAGAGGUGGUAUUUAACUCACGCAGGGAUUUCCACAAUAGGGUCAUGUCUGUUUUUAGUACAGUACCAUCAGAGAGCCCAAAAAUCACAGCCUUAUAGUGAAGGUUUAGCCUUUUGCAAAUCAACCUUUUAUUUUGGGAAUGUUCCUCCUUGUACUUUUUAGCAUUAGACAGAUUUUUCUUUGUUUAUUUUUUGAAUGCAUUGUUCAAGUCGGAUUAUAAAUGAGCAUACAUUUAAAAAAAAAAAAAAACAUUUUUCAGUUUCAUCUUUUGCCAUUUUUGUCUCUCAAUAAAAUUCACAGUUUAAAUGUUUUGCAAACUAUCAAAAUGUGUUUCAUCAAUAUUCAACGAAGCUUCCCAACUUAUUUGGGAGCGAGUUUAAAGGAAGGCUAAGAAAAGAAUAAAAUGCUUUUUAUUGUCAAGAUACAAUUGUACAACUAAAUUGUAGAGCUUCUUCCAUUUUCAGUGCACGCAUGAACAGAAUAAGUGUAAAAAUCUGAACAUGUAAAUACAAAAAGUACGGGAAUAAGUCUUCAAAAUCUUAAAAUGUAAUUGCAAAAAUAAUUACAAAUAUAAAGAUAAGAAUGGAAAGUUGCCUUAUAUACAAAUAUGAAUGUGAGGUUAAAACAGGAUAGAUGCCAGGAAUAUAAACAGGAGGUGUACUAAAGUAUUGCACCAGUUGUUGUACUGUAUGCAGAAUGAAGAAAUGAUCUUGCACUGGGUUUUAGAUGUAUUGCACAUGACGUUAUAUUUAUGGGGCAACAGCUUUUCUUGGGUAGAAAAAGUAGGCAACACAUCAGAAUUAGAUAUCUACUCAUAACUUACGUUUUUUAUUAUCCAUUGAUACGGCAUCAGUUUUACAAUCUUUAUUUACCUCAACAGAUAGUAUGCGUAGGUAUUUGUUCUUAGUGGUAAUUGUAAACCUCUGUAAUACACACUGCGUUUGUUUGUAUAAAAAGUACUAAAGACAAAACAAAUGAAUUAGAUUUCAGCUUAGGAGAGAGGGGUUGCUCAUGGAGACAUGAAAAAUGGAAAGCCAUAUCUUUGGUUUCUGACUCCAUGCUGAGGCUGUUCAUUGUGUUUGUUUUGUUUUUUGUUUGAAUUGCAUCAGCAACUCUUACAUUUGCACUACCUUUAUGGCAAGUUUCUUCUCUUUGACUUAUUCUUCCAGUUGGUGGUUCAAUGUGGGUCUAGUUCUCCUCGGGGUCUGCCUGUCCCUGGCCAUGUUUUGCAUUGUGUACCUUGAGUGGUUUAAAGGCAUCCAGCAUUAUGACCAAGAGUACCCUGCCAUUCCUCCCAUCACCACUGCAGCCUUUAUUGCAGCAUCGUGCAGGUAAAAAUGAAACAUUAAUAUGAAACAAGUGGGGAAAAAAAUAGUUAGAACCCUGAGAACUCCUGACACAUUUGGCUGUGACUCAGGGGUAGAGUUGGUUGUCUUCUGAAUUGGAAGGUUGGUGGUUUGAUCUCAAUUGCUAAAGUCAACAGACAGAGUUCAGAAAGACAAAAAGGAGCUAUACUGGAAGUACAAGCUCAUUUUCCAUAUGGUAUGGCUACUUUUCAAUUUGAUGGCUGUUUUCUUUUUGAUCACUUAGUGGCUAUACUUUAUGACACUUGGAGAAGUAGGUCUGAACUGAGUUUCACUGUCAGCACUAGUGCUUUCAUCAUGUAUCUGAUGUCUCAAGUGAUAGCUGUAACAUUAAUUGAUGGGCCACUUAACUUUCUUUAUCCCGUGAUUAACUAAUUCACCCUUUUUAAAUAAUGAACCUUCUCCUCUGACAUUAGACAUUACUUUGGGUUGUGCAUAUUUCAUGUUUGGAAUCUUAUUAAGGUGUUUGUUUUUCCUUGCAGUUUCAACAUGGCACUGUGGCCAGUGUGGUCCUUUUUCACUCCACUCAUCCUCUUCACACAGUUCAUGGGUGUGGUCAUGUUCAUCUCCAUGCUUGGAUGAAUUGUUAGGUGAGGAUGCUUCGCUGUAAUUCCACCGACGUACAGUCAUACAUAUAGUCAUACAUACAGUUUAAUGUAACUUAUGGAAAAAUUAACUCAGACAUUUUAACUUCCAAGUGAUCUUUGGGAUCAUGUUGAUUAAGUUCGGCUUAGUUUGUGUAGAUAUGCACAAAAAUCCCAAAUACUAAUGGUUGAAAAGAUUUGAUGAUAUUCAUUUGGCUGCCAUUUUUCUCUGACAUCACGCUCAAGGUAGGAAGCCCAAACACUGUUAUGGCAUUGGACUGUUUAGUUUUUGUAUUGUUUCUUUAUGUUUCUGAAUGUUAAAAUUCAAGAAGAACAAAGGCAUGUGGUUUAAAGCAAACAUCCUAUUGAAGUAAAAGAUCAACUAUAAUGGAAAAAAAAAACAUUAUUUUGUGAUACAGCAACUACAUGUUCUCUUUCCAACUGCACAAUGGUCAGUCAUUAAGGUCUGCAAAAUACAACUUAGUGUUGUGUCGUUCAUGAACAAUUUGUUCAAAGGAAGCAAAUCUUUUAAGUAAACUUACUGAACCAAAUCACUUCCUCAAGUGAUUCGUUCGUUUCUCAUUUCAGUUGAGCUGAAGUGAGAAACAGCAUUGCCAGGCGAGCAGCUGGCGAACGAAGGACUGCAUGCAUCAACACCUGAAUCACUUGGUGAACGAAUCACAUAUCGAAAUAACUCUCUGGAGUUAUUUCGGUUGAAAAAAAAUCCUUUUUUUCUACUGCUAAAUUGCCACCACAACAAUUUGCAUACAAUAGGACAAAGCAUGUAACAAGUAGUGUAUAAAACCCGCAGCAUCCUAUCAUUGCAGCUGUUUGUGAGGGAAUGGUGCAUGUUCAGUUUGAAUUCUUCUAAACGUUCAGUGAACAAAUCACUCACUGAGCCCAAUUUACAGAGCAGACCUGACAAAUAGCAUACUAUAGGACAGUACACUUAAAACAUCAUGACUUAUAAACAAGUUUAUUUUUACAAACCUGUUUGCUAAAGCAACACAGCCAAACACUCUCGUCUCCCAGUCCCAUAAGCUAUGAAUUGAACUGAAUCCUGAAUCGUUCAGCUGUGGAGGUCGGAGUCACAGGCUAUUCCUGCCAAGCACUGAAUGAUCCUGUGAUUUGGUGAACGAAUCUUUUGAACGAAUCUUUUUAGUUAACUGAUUUUAGUGAUUCAGUACAUCUAAAACAACUGCUGUGCCCUUCACUAAUACAACUAAACUGAAAAAUGAGCUAUUCAAACACCACUGCUAACCUGCCUUUUACUGUAUAAAAAAGUGGGCCUCUAUAUUAACUGGAGUUUACAGAGGAAUAAACAGACCAGCAGAUCUCAAGUAACAUUUCUAUGCAAGAAAAGCCUUGUAUGAGAGUUUGGUUGUCUAAUUUUUCUGUGAAUUCUUACCUUAUCAAAACACAGUGUUGGCAGUUGGAGGGAAGGAUGUAGCUGAAAUAAUCAACUCUACAACCUUUAUUGUUCCUGCCAGAUAAUCUGAGCAUAUGUUGCUUCAAAGGAAGAUGCAAUAAAAGCAUAUCAGUUUGCAAAUGUCACUGAUUUAUAGACCCAAUUAGCUGAUCUGUGGGCUGCAAGCAGAAAAAUGCGUAUAUGCUGCUUCCCUAAACAGUUCGAAAUCAGACAGCAUUGAAAAGUGCUGAAAAUUUUCCCACUUAAGUGUGCGCUCACACUGAAAAUAGUGCUUUGGUUUAAGUUUAAAACUUGCUGAUUUAGGUAGAGCUGACUCUGAACACUGUCAUAGUCAACAUGUGUGCCAAUGCAUGUUGGUUUUCUGAUUCAAUACAAAGGAUUGACCCAUGACAUACUUCUCUCCAUACUUACAUCAGCAAUACUGAGCCCCUCUCUGUGUCCUGUCUUAUAUCCGCCUCUGCUGAGAUUUAUCUGGAUGUGCUGACCGCCUUCUGUCAAUCUUAAAUGUUUAAAUUUGAUUUGUAACUAUCUAAUCUUCCUUGUGGCUCAUGCUCUUCGUCUCCUCUUUGUCUCUCACACCUUUUACAGAUUGUGUGUCGCAGACCUACACCUGCAGUAUAUUGAUCAGAGCCGUUUGCUGAAACAACACAGCGGUGAUUAAAGCUUUUGUCAGGGGGAGCAGCAUCACUGGUUCGCCCGGAUGUCGGUAUUUUAGACCUCGACCAUCUCAGUUAUAUAACUUAUCUUUGUACUUUUUUUUUCAAGAAACACAGACAGCAGUGUCAAGGAGUAUGACACACAGAGCUGAAGGUUAGCAAACACAACUUGAGUUAUUUGUGUGAUGGGUUAAUGUUUUAAUAUUUGCCCUCAAGUUGCAGCUGGCAUGUUUUUUUUUUUUUUUUUUUUUUGGCAGGAAAAGAGCUGCCUGUAACAGCAACUUCAUAACAGACUUUACUAAUACCGUAGACACUGGUUUUGUUCCGUUUUGGCAGUUUGGACUUGAAGCACACUGAAAAUCUUAAACCUGAGUUCAAGCUGUUACUUGUAUUUUACUACCAUUUAUAUUUUCAUCAGUGCUUUUCUUACAGUGAAAUAUGAGAAUGUGAAAACAGCCUACUUACUUUCAGAAAAAGAAGAGUAGUGGAGACCGGGGCUUGUUGUCACACUUUUUACACUCUUAUAUAUUUCUUGCAAUUAAUACAUCAUAUAUAAACAAAAUGUGUACCAGAUGAAAGACCAAAGUUCAAAGGUUCAAAGGUUUAUUUAUUUAUACCUUACGGUAAAUUUUGUUUGCAGGCAGGAACCCAGCUGUCCAGAUAAGACACACAUAAAAACAACAAUACAACAAUCAAGUACAAAAAAUGCCAGUCGUUAAGAGCCAUGAAAUCACAUAAAAUCUCUCCAGAUCCGAACAUUUUAAUAUCUUGUGUCAGUGCAGAGUUAUAAGCAAUCAAAUAGAGAGUGUGAACAUGUGACAUGUUGCCCCAUGUUGUCUCACUACAUGGGGUAAGAUGUCACAGUGGAUUUUGCAGCUAAUGAAACAAGGACAAAAUUAUUGUUCUCAUUUUUUUUACAUGAAAGGCACAGCCACAGAAAAUGUUUAUCAUUGAGUUAGAAAAAGUCAUUGAACAAACGUUACAUUAAAUAUUAUGCAACAUGCACUGGAGAGAGCUGUCUGACUCUCUAUUUCGGCUGGGGUGAAUGUUUUCAGUACCGAGCCAAUGUAUGGUAGUUGACAUUAAAGUCCUUUAUUGUACUCUAGAUGAAUUUAUUAGCUAGGGUCACCUGCCUGACUGCUCUCAGCAUCACGUCAGGCACUGCACUGCCAUGUUCUGUUUUUCUUUUGUAAUUUCUGACCAUGUCUUUUUCUCCUCUCUUUUAUACCACUCUCUUCUCUGUAAGUCAAAAUUUCAGUAUGACAACUGCUGAUGAGCAGACUCUCUGUUAACUUUAAUCCCUUUUAAACAUGUGACAACUAACCCCAAAAUGACUGAGACAUGUUGCCCCAAACUACCAUGUUUGCUAAUAUUAGCUCGAGCUUAGGGUUAGCUUAAAACAGAACAAUGACUGAGGUUUGACAGGAUGCCUUAAUCUCUCCUCUAACAAGUCCACAUGUUUCACUGCUGGGAUUUUUAUCUGGAAGCAGCUUAUCAUAAAAUAUAUAAAGUUAAAUUUUUUUACUUUGAGUUGUGCGAAAUGGUUUAUUGGAGCUCAUCUCAGCUCUCUGGUGGCAAAGAUAAUUGCAGUGUGACAACUUACCUGUGUGACAACAAGCCCCAGUUUCCCCUAUUUGUAAAUUGUUACAUCAUUUAAAUUCAUGUUAAUAAAACCAAAAACAGAUUUUAAAUUAUUUUAUUUUUCUUAACAAGAAGUGUGUUAGGAAGAACAUUACGGCUUCUGCCAUAUUCUGUGAAAUAUUUUUUUGUCAAAUAAAUUUUUUAAACUGAU